AUGAAAUCUUCACUCUGGACGAGUCUUUGUAUGCAGAACCUGAAGCCCUGGCUGCUGCACUGGAGACACUUUUAUGGCGGAGCCUCCGACAGUUUUAUGAAAGUUUGUGUACCUGUGGAGGUGCGUCAGGACACACGACAUGGGCUGCGUGUGAAGAUACCACCGAUGUGGAAGCAUGUAUUGGGAUUUCUGAUAGAUGUGCUGCCAUUAAGACGACGUCUUUACAUCAAAACAAUGCUGGACGACUUUGUGGACCAGAUCCAGAUGUGUAAAAAGCUGAUGUUCUGUGAAAAUCGUGACUUCACGGUGCUGGCUGAAGACCUGCAGCGCUGUUCGGUCCAGAGCUGCGAGGACACCGGGCGACGCUUCUGCUUCCGGGUGGUCACGCCCACAAGUUUAAUGCGUCUGAAUCAGGAGGAAUCAGACGGGUACAAGAACGAUUCGGAAUCAGAUUCCUCAAGCAAGCAGACAGACUCACAGGGACCACGAGUGUCUUCUGAAGCUCCAGGUGGGAUCAGUUCUGGAGAAGUCGUCUGUGAUGCUCUCGAGAACAAGGAUGCUGAAAGAGAAACCACCGACGGAGGACAUCAAGAGGAGAAGACGACCAACACGAACCCGGACAGCUUUGAGAGCGGACACACUGUCGGAGAGCUGCUGGGAAAGGGAGGCUGCGGUUCCGUCUACGAAGGCGACUGUAAAGCGGAUGGGAACCAGCAGGUAGAGGUACCAUGCGCUGUACCCGAGACAGACGACACCACAGAGGGAACGUCACGUGUGGUUGAGGACGUCUCUGAGCUGCACAAGUGCUAUGAGGUUUACAAAACCAUUGGAUCAGGUGGUUAUGCGACGGUCAAGCUCGGCAGGCACAUUCAGACUCAAGAGCCAGUGGCCAUAAAGAUCCUGGAGAAGAAAGAGCUCGGGGAUGAGUUGUCCGAUUUGAGGAUAGAGAUUAAAGCCCUGAAGAACCUCAAUCAUCAGCACGUGUGCCGCUUGUACCAAGUCAUGGAGACUGCUGACCAGAUCUACCUGGUGCUUGAGUUUUGUCCGGGUGGAGAUCUGUUCGACCACAUCGAUAAUAACGACAGGUUGUCGGAGGAGGAGACGCGCAGGAUCUUCCGUCAGAUCGUCUCGGCGCUGGCCUACGUCCACAGCCAGGGAUACGCCCACCGUGACCUUAAGCCAGAAAACAUGAUGCUGGAUGAGAAGAACAACAUCAAGCUCAUCGACUUUGGUCUCUGUGCCAAACCAGAGGGUGGAUUGGGUACUGCUCUGAUUGAGGGCUGUGGAACCCCUCCCUACUUGGCACCAGAAAUCAUUGAUGCGCAACCCUAUCUUGGUGCAGAGGCAGAUGUUUGGAGCUUGGGUGUUGUCCUAUAUGACAUGCUGUGUGGCUACCUCCCGUUCGAUGGUGACAACUUUGUGGAGCUCCAUGAACAAAUCACUAAAGGACAUUUUGACACUCCUGACUGGCUAUCUCCUGGUUCUGUACUGCUGAUUAAGGAAAUGCUGCAGGUGGUUCCAGAGCGGCGCAUAAAGGUGGAGCAUCUGCUGGAUCAUGAGUGGGUAAUGAAGGGGUACAGCAGCCCUGUGGAAUGGCACAGCACAUGUCCGCUGGAUCAUCUAGAUGAAGAAAGCAUCACUGAGAUGGCUGUGAUGUUCAGACAGUCCAACCAAAGCAUGAAGCAGCUGGUGUCUGAGCAGGAGACACCGUCGGUGUGACAAGGAGGGACGAUGGUGGCACCAUCCAAUCAGGAAACGUUACAUCUCAAUUCCACAUUUCAAUGAUUGUUGCAGAUGUUUCUCUCUAACCCAUCCUCUCUCUCUUUUUUUACCAGAACGAUGCAUUUUGGGUAUCUGUGUGUGACUGGUUAGAUGAACUCCACUGAGGUGCCGCCCUUGUUGAUUCACACAGCUGUAUGAGAAGUGUAGAACAUGGAUGACCAGGAUCAACAAGCAUCAAAAUCUUAUUACAUUAAAUAAUAAAUAAAUAAACU